CUUUCAUCUUGUGCUUAGAGGGAUAUUUUUGUGACGGUAAAUAUGCGCAGGGAUUGGAUAUAAUGAAAGAAUAUGAACAGCUGAUGGGCGACUGUUUCAAACGAGUGGCAAACGGCAACAAGGAAAUCUACGAGCACCUCAAGCGAUCGGCUGUGCGUGGGUACGAACCGUGUGCAGAUGUAAAGGCAUACGAUACCACAUUCCCCAUCCCCGUAGUGGGUCUGGCACUCUCGCAGACGACCGAUGAUGCGUUCCGUAUUCUGUGCCACCAUGAUCGGGAUGCCAGCGAACGAGCCAAGGCCACCAACGCGGAAUGGCAGAAGAAAUAUGACCAGCGCGAAUCUCAAUAUCAGAACGGACUAGACUGCAUGGAGACAACCCAUCGAAGCGAAGCAAAGGCCAAGUCAGAGCAACUGCUGCUUUUGCAGCACAAAGUGUUCUCAUUGGAGACUUCUCUGCGUGAGAAGGGGAUUGUAUGCGAGGAAGCCUUACCACAUCUGUACAAGCGAGACCGUAGGUGGGCGGACGUACAAAGUAAGGGAUCUAAUAGUGCGAGCAACACGCGACCGAGCACACCACAAGAAACGCUUGUUGAAAAUAUGCGCGCACGCCCACACAGUGCACAGGGCAACGAGAGCACGCAGCUGCGCUACACGGGUAAGGAGAGAGAGGAGAUCGUUGAUGCGCUGAGAGAGGCUGAACAUGAGCAAGUUAAGGUAGAUCCGCAUGAGAAUAAGAACAUUGACGCGCAUGAAAAAACUCACUCAGUUGAACAAGGAAAAUGGGUAGGGAAAGUGGUUGUGGAUAAUAAUGAAGCAGCCAGCUUGGAUGUGUGUGGACCUUUGGAGUACGAGGUGGCUGGCGUGACGCUACAGGACUCUGAUGGCACGUUCCGGGGCACGGAUGUGACCGAGGCACAUGAGCAAACACGUACGAGAUCACGGGCACAUGAGCAAUCACAGCAGCAAACUAAGCAGGCACGAGCUCUCAUACAAGUGCAAGUACAGGAGACAGAGGGCCUUGUGCGAGCACACUCGGAAACGGAGAGCUGUCUGAAAUGUACUAGUAGCCGGAAUGCAUCCACACACAACGGUGUCGAUAUGAAUGGGGGGCUUCGGAAUACUGCGAAGCGAAGCGACAGUUUAAAUGAUGUAGGGACUGGUCGUAGGUCAUCGAUAAUUAAUAUGAAUAUCACUGGCACAGAUGAGCACAAUGGGAGUAGCAAAGUGAAUGUGCCCAAAACCACCGUGACGGAUCUGACGUCGCCGUUUACGAGGCGAUACUCACUCAUUUCAUGCAACGCGGCAAGCAACAAUGUCCGGGGGACCACUCUGACUGAAGAAGAGGACGAGACUCCAGUCGCCACUUCUACCGUCGGCAGGAGGAGAGGUCAUCGUACUUCACGCUCAGUCACACUCCGUCCCGGAAUAAUCAGCGUGCACAGUUCUGGGACGCAGAGUGAUCACAACAGCAAGUUAUCGCCCCAGUUUAGACCCCAUGACACAUACACGGAUAUAUUUGAACUGGAAGAUGUGGAUCUGAGCUUGAAGAACUCGACUGCCACUAACGAAGCACAGGAUGCUCAUUCGCACACGCACACAAUCCCACUCGCUCGUACAAACUCACUCACACCCAAUGCCUCACUCCUGCGCGCACAGCUAUUUGCAGCGACACAAAGAGGUGCUAAUAAGGGAAAGCAUAGAAUACACGCGGAUACCUUCGAUACAUCGUUCUCUCCAACUUUGUCGCCUGGAACUGCGCGCAGAGCUACGACAAGUGCUGAUGAGAAACACCUGAGCACACCUAUAGCCAACUCUGGUAUAGGUGGCUUCCAAUCGAUGAGCGAUCCAAACACGAGCACCAAUCUACAUGCAAGCACAGCAACGCAAACAUAUACCCGUAAGCACUCUUCAGAAGGGACUGGUAGCACUCUACUGGGACGCACACACAGUCAGUCGAGUGUGGACCGGGGAUCCACUGGUAUGAAUGUAAUCGGUAAUAGAACACAUGGCAAUAAGCUGACAAAACGGUCAACGGUCGCCAGUAGAAGCUCAGAGGGUGAUUUUGGCCCGAGUUGUUUUACGCGCACUCUCUCAGUGUCCAAUACUAACCUGAACGCACACAACACUGCAAGCUUUAGGUCUACAUCCGAAAAUAAUAGUAAUCUGAACCUAAGCGAAUUUUCUGGUGCGAAGACCAGUGUCAGCUCAGGAGCCAGUCCCGAAUCAAGUAGUAUCAAUUUCGGAAGUGGCUUGAGUUUGAAUUCAAGAAGCGGACUGAGUAUUGGGUCGCCGAAAAGGAAUUCGAUACGCAAAACGCGAUCGGGCUCAGUGCACGCAGGGGGUGGGAACAGUGGCCCGAAUAUAUCGGUCAACCCUGCAGUGCUGCGGAGCUAUACGAACAGUAACUAUAACAGAGCCAGAAGCAGCACCAAUAUAUCAGCUAGUCAAUAUACCGGCAUUGGCAAAGAUAAUAUCAGUAGCGGCACCAAUAACGGUACUACUCAGGCAAUCAGUGGUGUUACUGACAACAUUGAUGGUGACGAUAGGGAAGGGAGUGGUAUCGAGUAUGUCAAGGUUAAUGUGCGGGGGGUGAUAGUACAGGGACUGAUGCAAAAGCACAGGAGGAGUGCUUCUUUUGAUCCUCGUUUCGUGCAGAAUGUGCGUGUAGGGGCCCAGAGCGCAUCACCUUACAAGGCGAGCGAGAGCGGUUCACCAUUGGAGAGUAAUUCUGUUAUGUCAGACUUUAUGGGAGGCUUAGACAAUACUAGCAAUGUAUCGGAUGAUAACCCUAAGGCAAAUGUCAGCAGGCAAUCAGUUGCCCGAAAAUCAUUCGGGUCGCCACUUUCAGUAUCUCAUAGUUUAUCGCACCGUGGGGAACUGACUUUGGGAACACCCGAUGAUUUUGGUAAUGCCAUAGAGCACGAUACGAACACAUCCGCAAGCGUAAUAGAAUCAGAUACACCUUUAGAUCAGGACAGUCUGAAUACUGAUCGGUUUGGAAAGCAAGACUCUGAAAACAUGGAAGAUGGACAUGGCGCAGAUGAUAAAACGGUAAUCAACAACGUAUCUGGUGAAGAUCCCGACAUCAAGAUUGAGGGUAAAGGUAAAAAGGACGAUGCUGUUGAUCAAGUCGCCAAAUUAGACCAACCAGUAUCCACUGCAAUACAUACACUGACCUCGGUCACAACAGAUUCUGACAUCAGGAUUGAGGGUAAAGGUGAAGAGGACGAUGCUGUUGAUCAAGAUGCCAAAUUAGACCAACCAGUAUCCACUGCAGUACAUACACUGACGUCGGUCACAACAGAUCCCGACAUCAGGAUUGAGGGGGAAGAGGACGAUGCUAUUGAUCAAGUCGCCAAAUUAGACCAACCAGUAUCCACUGCAAUACAUACGCUGACCUCGGUCACAACAGAUCCUGACAUCAGGAUUGAGGGUAAAGGUGAAGAGGACGAUACUGUUGAUCAAGUCGCCAAAUUAGACCAACCAGUAUCCACUGCAGUACAUACACUGACCUCGGUCACAACAGACCCUGACAUCAGGAUUGAGGGUAAAGGUAAAGAGGACGAUGUUGUUGAUCAAGUCGCCAUAUUGGACCAACCAGUCUCCACUGCAGUACAUACACUGACCUCGGUCACAACACAUCCCGACAUCAGGAUUGAGGUUGAAGGUAAAGAGGACGAUGCCGUUGAUCAAGUCGCCACAUUAGACCAACCAGUACCCACGCAGAAGAAUCAUUCUCAAAAUGGGAGCGGGAAAGGAAGCAAGAAGAAAAAGAAAAAACGAAGGAAGUAGUCUGUUAGUGUCCAAUCUAGCUGCUGGUCCUGCAUGUACGUAUUCUGUGGAAUCUGGUGUGUAGAUAUGGAAUUAUGCAUUAAUAUUCUCAUAGUCACAUUUCGCAAAUAUGUCGCGCAAUAUUAUACUUGGGUGCAUCCAGGCUGAACGUAGUCGACACCCGCCAAAUGAAUGCUUAUAUUGCUUCUGGGGCGUUAAAGAUUUGCUGGACCUACAUGAAAGAAAGUUUAUAUGCACGUCCAACCUUGAAUAUUAGUUAGUCAGAUAAACAAGAAGAAAGUGCUUGAUGGCC